CCUACAUUUAAACAAAACCAAAACUUAUUCUCUUUCUUGUUCGUAAAUUCUUAUAAUAAAACUUUUUUUUUAAAAAAAAUAAUCUCGUUUUUUUUUUCUUUACUUCAAAGAUGGAAUUUUAUAAAACAUAUCACUUUGACACAAAAGGUCAACGAAUAUCCUCUGCAGCUUACCUUCGAGAAUUAUUAUAUUCCAUGUUUACUAUGCUUCAGCAGACGAGAGCACCAUACGUUCCUCAUCCUACGCCAAAAUUUUCGUCAAAACCUAACGUAAGUCAAAGAGACUCUAUUGCUUUUCAAAUACUUCUUACUUGGCAAGAAUUUCAUGAAAAACUUAUACAAAGUUUGGAAAAAGAGAAUAUUUCUUCAUGGACAAGAGAAGAAUUAUUAAUAUGGUGGAACAUGACAAGGUUUCUUCACGCAUGUUUAAUGGAAUUCGCAUCUAAAAAUGGGUGGGGAACUACCUUUAAAUAUAAUGAAAACCCGGAAAAUCUUUAUAAACAGUAUAAAAAUUGUGAAAAUACGUUUAGAACAGAUACAUAUUAUGCAAGUUCAAUUCAUCCGAGUUAUAAUGAAUUAUUUGGCGGUUUAAGUCCUUGUAUCUUGGAGAAUGUUAAGGGUCAUUUACCAGUGAUAGAGGGAAAGGUGUUAUUAAAUUCUCAACAUGAUUUUAAUUAUUUAUUUGGCAUUGAAGAAAGUUCCCUUGAUAAUGGAACUAAAGUAUCUCAGGAGAAUCUUGAAGUUGAAAAGUUAAGAAAAUUAGUUAAGAUGGUACAAGAUCAUAUUCAACCACUGAAAAAGAUUUUAUUACGAAAUUUUUCUUAAUAUGCAUAUAGACAACUACUUUCUUUUUUACAUAUUUUUUUUUAUUAUAAAAACAAUUUUUUUUUUUU